GGUGCAUUGAGACAGAACAGCAGACUGGUCAACAGAAAUGUGAGUCUCGUCUCGAAAGUCAGACCAAUGAGACCAGCCCAAUUUACGAGCAUCAGAAAGUAUUCUUCUGACCACCACGAAGAAACCUUUGAGGAGUUCUCCAUCAGAUACGAGAAGGAGUUCGAUGAAGCUUACGACCUGUUUGAAGUUCAAAGAGUCUUGAACAAUUGUUUCUCCUAUGACCUGGUGCCAUCUCCAUCCGUCAUCGAAAAAGCUUUGAGAGCCUGCAGAAGAGUCAAUGACUACGCUACUGCCGUUAGAGUUUUCGAGGGCCUGAAACACAAAGUUGAAAACAAAGAACAAUAUCAGGCCUACCUCGAUGAGCUCAAGGAUGUCAGAGAAGAGCUAGGCAUUGAUUUGAAGGAGGAAUUAUUCAGCGCAAACUAGAUCCUGCCAUUGCCAGUUACGCGAGAGGAAAAAUCCUAGAAAACACACGAAGCAGAUGAAGUCUACAAUAUCUAUCUAAUAUACUGAGUACAAUUCUUGGGAAUCUGUAAGAAAUUGGAUGCUAGUUAUUAGAGGGUCUUUUGUAUACUUCUCUUUAUAUAUAAGACUGAAGCAUCGAAAAGCCAAUGGAACAUACCUGUCAGAUAGAUGAAGGAAGACCGUAGUUUGAUGUAUUGUGGUCUAGAAUCCUAACCGGCCAAUCAAAUCAGUUCAUUUUUACUUUGGCACACCUUGAACCAGGACGGUGUCUGGGUGGACUAGACCUGAUCAACGGCUGUGAAAUUAAGAAUUUACCUAUACACGAAUACGGCAAUAAAUAAACAAAUUCU